CAUGGCCGGACACCCCUGCAUCUUGCUGCCCACAAGGGUCAUCUCCACGUUGUCCAAGUUUUGUUGAAGGCAGGUUGUGACCUGGAUAUUCAGGAUGAUGGUGAUCAGACAGCAUUGCACCGGGCUGCUGUCGUAGGGAACACCGAUGUUAUAGCAACUCUGAUUCAAGAGGGGUGUGCUUUGGACAGACAAGACAAGGAUGGGAACACUGCUCUUCACGAAGCUUGUUGGCAUGGAUUCAGUCAGUCUGCCAAAGUGCUCGUUAAAGCUGGAGCCAACGUUCUCGCCAAGAACAAGGCAGGUAACACACCUCUUCACCUGGCUUGCCAGAAUAGCCAUUCCCAGAGCACUCGUGUUUUGUUACUUGGAGGAUCUCGAGCAGACCUCAAAAAUAAUGCAGGAGAUACCUGUCUGCAUGUGGCUGCUCGUUAUAAUCACUUGCCCAUCGUUAGGGUGCUGCUCAGUGCUUUCUGUUCUGUCCAUGAAAAGAACCAGGCAGGGGAUACUGCGCUCCAUGUCGCUGCUGCUCUAAAUCACAGGAAGGUGGUUAAGCUGUUGCUGGAGGCAGGGGCUGAUGCAUCCGUUGUCAACAAUGCAGGUCAGACCCCUUUAGAGGUUGCCAGACAGCACAAUAACCCAGAGGUUGCGCUCCUCCUCACUAAAGCAUCACAGGUCUCACGCUUUAACCGUGGAAGAAGCCUGAGGAAGAAGAGAGAGAGACUGAAGGAGGAAAGGCGAGCUCAGUCGGUACCACGGGAUGAAGUGGUACAGAGCAAGGGCAGCGUCUCAGCUGCUGACGACACACCCAGCAGCGACCAGCCACCGCAGAGGAAGAGCGAUCUGAAGGAGGAACCCCGGUCAGCCUCACCAGAUCCCAAAGGGAAGAAGAGCAAAAAGAGAAAGCCAAAGGAAAAGGUUUCAGCACUCUCGGAUCCCAUCUCCCCAGCCGAUCAGCAGACGCUCCCUCGGCCCCAGCAAAACGUCCCUAAGCGCAGAAGUAAACAUCACUGCUCCUCUCCACCCCCUCCCCACGAGGUCCGAGCCUACCAGCUCUACACGCUCUACCGAGGGAAGGAUGGGAAGGUGAUGCAGGCACCGAUAAAUGGAUGUCGUUGUGAGCCCCUGAUAAAUAAACUGGAGAAUCAGCUGGAGGCAACAGUGGAAGAGAUAAAAGCUGAGUUUGGGACAGUACAAGAUAAGAUGAAUGUUAAGCUGGGCCAGAUGGAAAGCAAAACUCAACAUCAACUCCGUGUUUUAGACAAGCUUAUGGCUGAGCGGCUGUCCGCAGAGAGAACCGAGUGCCUUCACCGCCUGCAACAGCACACUGAGCUGGAAAAAAAUGAGGGGGAGAAACGGCAGGUUUCCUUGGUCGAUGAGCUGAAGACUUGGUGCAUGUUGAAGAUUCAGAAUCUGGAGCUCAAGCUUUCUGGAGAUUCCAGGUCAUCAAGACCAAAAUCAACUUUGUCCACUUGUGAGUCUCUCACCGAGACGCUGGAUACUGAGAACAACCCCCACAGUGCCAAGGACUGUAAAGCCAACCAGCCCGUGCUGCAGUCAGAGGGCUCCCACCAGCAUUCCUAUAUCCCGCUUCCAAAUAGCCUCUCGGAAGAUGGGGGAAGGAGCAGAGUCCCGAUGCCAGAACAGAGCUUUGGGCAACAUUUUUGCAUUCAACAAGAUGGUGCGUCAGGUACAACCUUGUCAGGUACAGAGCAACAGUUAAUUGUUGGCGGACCAGUUUCUUCUUCUGUGCCUGUUCAAGAUGUCAGGCCAAAGGACAAAGCUGUUGGUGCCAGCACGUUCCACAGGUUCCAGCAGGAGCUGCCCUCCACCGAGCUUUUGGGCUCCAAAUUAAGACACGUUAAGGUUCAAGCUGCUUUGCAGCCCUCAACUGAACUUGCAAGGACUGAACCACAGAGCGGCUACUUCAUUGACAAAGGAACUCAGACAAAGAAGUCCGGCAAAAGCGGGCAGUCAAGGCACAAAGCCCUGCACCACGGCGGGGCACAGCAGGGCCAGGAGCAGCAGCCCUCCGCCCUGCCCGCAGCACAGCCCCCUGCCCCUCCGCCCAGAGACACCUCCCAGGCCCUGGAGAUAACACAGUACUUCUUUGAGGCCGUUUCCACGCAGAUGGAGAAGUGGUACGAACGGAAGAUAGAAGAAGCCCGGUGCCAAGCUAAUCAGAAAGCUCAGCAAGACAAAGCUGCGCUCAAGGAGCAUAUUAAAAGCUUAGAAGACGAGCUCAGCAAAUUAAGGACUAAGGUGCAGAAAGAGAGCUAG